AUGGCUUCCAUAGCCACCUGCUUCACUCUCCCUCCAAAACCUCACCUUCGCCUCAUUUCAAAACCCUCCCUCUUCCCCAACCGCCCCCCUCUCACUCGACGCCUCAUUCUUCCUGGAUUUCCUCCCAAGCUUCGAGAAUCUAGGGUUUCGGUGACCGUCGUUCGAGCCAGCCUCGACGCCGUUACCGGGAUUAGGCCCGGCGGAGCCGUCGAGAGCGAUAAGCUGCCGUCCGAUGUCAGGAAGCGCACCAUGGACGCCGUGGACGCGUGCGGCGGGAGAGUGACGAUUGGUGACGUGUCGAGCAGGGCUGGGCUGAAGGUCAAUGAGGCUCAGAAGGCUUUACAGGCUCUCGCUGCUGACACUGAGGGCUUCUUGGAGGUCUCGGAUGAAGGCGAUGUGCUCUAUGUUUUCCCCAAGGAUUAUCGAGCCAAGCUUCUCGGCAAGUCGUUUCGGAUGAAGGUUGAGCCUAUUCUGGAGAAGGCUAAGGCCGGGACCGAGUACGUAGCCAGGGUUUCGUUUGGGACUGCCUUGAUUGCCUCCAUUGUUCUUGUUUAUACUGCAAUUAUUGUUGCUAUCUCGUCUAGUAGGAGUGAGGAUGACAAUCGUGGACGACGUGGAAGAUCAUAUGACUCAGGGUUCACCUUUUACAUGAAUCCUUUUGACCUCUUUUGGUUCUGGGAUCCAUAUUACUAUCGGCGUCGGAGAGUGCAAACCGAGGAUAACAAGCUGAAGUUCGUUGAAUCUAUUUUCUCAUUUGUAUUUGGCGAUGGUGAUCCAAAUCAAGGAAUUGAAGAAGAGAGAUGGAAGUUGAUUGGGCAAUACAUAACCUCCAAUGGUGGUGUUGUUGCAGCUGAAGAACUUGCUCCAUAUCUUGAUUUGGAAGGGGGAUCUAUGGAUGAUGAAACAUACAUCUUACCUGUUCUUUUACGGUAUGAGGGCCAGCCUGUAAUAGAUGAAGAGGGAAACAUUCUCUACCAAUUUCCCUCUCUACAGCGUACGGCGUCUUCUCAAAGAAGUGGAAGGAAAGAAUAUGUAGGGAGAAGAUGGGCUGAUUUUGUUGGUGGAGUUGAUAAAUUUUUUACUGAGAAAAAAUGGGAAUUCAGUAACACUAGCAUUUCUGAGAGAGCACUAGUUGCGGGACUUGGUGGACUUAAUUUAUUUGGGGUUAUCAUUCUUGGAGCCAUCUUAAAGGAUAGUGCAGUUGCACCAGUUGGUUUUAUUAAGUUCAUUAGCAGCAUAUUUCCAUUACUUCAGGUUUAUGCUGGUUCAUUCUUUGCAAUUCCUUUGCUCCGAUGGUUCAUUGUGAGUAAGACAAAUGCUGACAUAGAGAAAAGAAAUCAAGCAAGAUUGAAAUCUGCUCGAGCCCUUGAAUCGCCAGAUAUCUCACUAAGACGAAAGCUGCUCAGUGCCCGGGACAUGGCCCAAAGAACAGUCAUAGGACAGGAUAGAAUUGUAUAUAGUACUGACAAGGAUUUGAUUGAGCAAGACUAUGAGGCCCAAGAUUGGGAUAGAAGAUUUCGAGAGAUAGAGAAGUCAGAUUGAGAAGAGGCUGCUGUUACUUGAGACUAGAGCCAGGAGUUUUCUCCUUAAAGGAAAUGAGAGCUUCACAACUAUUGUUGUAAAACCAUCACACUGGAAGUUGUAUUGGGCAAGCUGUUGAUGCACCCUUGGAGCCUGCAGUUGUUUACAUUCCGAAAUUUGUGGGGGUACAGCCAGGAGUCACACCUUGUAAUAUAGAUUUUAGGUGGACAACAUAACCAUUUACAAAUGUGAACUUGAGCAUCACAGGGUUCAUAUAUAUUUUGGGAGCCCCAUACCCCGAUUAGUUGAAUAUUUUGGGAGCAGUAAGGCUUUAUGUGGCACUAAAUUACAGUAGAGGGCCAAAACUAAGAAAGGUGACUUAGCGUACAUGUCACCAUUAAUAGUGAACUUGUAGAACAUUGAUCGUUAAAAACAAUUGCUGCAUUGUUAUAAAUAGAUGGUUUUGGAGAUCCUUUUGAAA